AGGAAUGCGAUAACAAGGGAUGUGCACACAGGAUCUACCACUUUUCGAUUUGGAAAAUAAUAGUACAAUUUAUUUUUUCGAUCAGUUGAUCGCUUUCAAUCAGGUCUACACAGUAUUGCAUCGGUAUUUAUGUCUUUUUGUGUGUUUUUUCGGUGUUCUCCUCAACAGCCUUCAUUUUUAUGUGUUAACAAGAAAAGCCAUGCGAGUGUAUAUAAUAAACGCCUUACUAUGUGCAAUGUCAAUUUGUGACAUAAUCACCAUGACGUCAUACUUCAUAUAUAUCCUUCGGUUCCGAAUAUUCGACACCCCAUCCACCAUAAUCGGAUACUCAUAUCCAUGGUUAAUAUUUCUUAUCACCCAUGUGACGUCAUCCAUUGCACUCCAUACUACAUCACUAUACCUAUCCGUAAUCAUGGCAUACAUUCGAUGGACGGCACUUGAUCGACUUGAUGCGAAAUGGAUCAAUCAUGGUGCAUUGAAACAAAUUUUAAUAUUCACUGCGCUAAUCGUGUCAGUGAUAUCAAUACCAACAGUGAUGGUACACAAAAUUGUACCGGUCACAGAGGUUUUGGGGAUGAAUGAGACUGAUUUGUUGGAGGGUGCAAAGUUCGACGGCCUCUACACAGUUCAACUGGACGAGACCAAGAUCAACGGAUGUGCACUUUUUCGUGUAAAUUUAUGGAUUACCGGGAUCAUGUUCAAGGCUCUUCCUUGCCUUCUGAUCCUCUGGUUCACCAUUGCCUUAAUCUAUAAACUGGUUCAAAUGAGCGAGAAGCGGAAGAUUCUACGUGGUGAAAAGCGGGAAAACGUGGAAUUUCAGCUGCUUGCCACGUCAGCAACACCCACGACGACUACAAGAAAUGAAGCUUCACCACGAUUGCGAAAAGUGUCCCAAUGCAGCAGAAAUGUCUCAAUUGACCGAACGACAUUGAUGCUCAUCAUAAUGCUUGUGGUAUUCCUGUGCACCGAAAUGCCGCAAGGCCUACUUUCCAUUUUAUCGGCAAUCUACCCGACACAUGUGCAUACAAUGAUCUAUGUGAAUGUUGGAGAGGUUCUCGAUUUAAUGUCACUAAUCAAUUGUCUGACGUCUUUCAUUGUAUAUUGCGUGAUGAGUACCACGUACAGAGCUACGGUAAAGUCUGUUCUGUGCCGAUCGACUUCGCGACGGACUGUCUUCAAAAAUACGCAUCUCUUGCUCGAUUCUUAUAGAAUACAGGUUUCAUAGAUUCUCAUUUUGUUUUUUUUUUUGUAUAUUUUUGUCUUUUCACCCCGCAUUCUGGUUGCACAAAUUUGGCAAUAAAUUGUUUUUU